UUAGAGACUUUUCCUCUCUCUCUCUCUCUCUCUCAAUCAAAAGAAAGCACUGAUAUUGUUUUUUUUUUUUUUUGAAAGUUUAAAAAUGGAUGAUGAGUAUGCAAAGCUAAUUAGGAGAAUGAACCCACCAAGGGUUGUAAUUGACAAUGAUGCUUGUAAGAAUGCAACCAUUAUUCAGGUUGACAGUGUAAAAAAGCAUGGGAUUCUACUAGAAGUAGUUCAGUUUCUGAUUGAUCUGAACCUUAUUAUAACCAAAGCAUACAUAUCUUCAGAUGGGGGAUGGUUCAUGGGUGUGUUUAAUGUGACUGAUCAUGAUGGCAAGAAACUCGAAGAUGAAGGGAUCAUCAGUUAUAUAAAAAAAUCUAUUGAAACGGAAGCCUGCUUCCUACCCCCAUUGAGGAGUUCUGUCGGUGUGACGCCUUCCAAAGAGCAUACUUCUAUUGAGCUAACAGGCACCGACCGACCCGGUUUAUUAUCCGAAGUGUGUGCUGUACUCGCUGACCUCAGAUGCAAUGUCGUGAAUGCGGAAGUUUGGACACAUAAUGCCCGAGCCGCAGCAGUAGUCCACAUCACUGAUGAAUCAACGGGCCGUGCAAUCGAAGACCCAAGUCGGCUUUCAAAGAUCAAGGAGCUAUUGUGCAAUGUACUUAGAGGGAACAACGAUCAGAGAGCUGCGAAGAUGACGGUUUCCAUGGGGGUGACCCAUACAGAGAGGAGGCUGCAUCAGAUGAUGUUUGAUGAUAGGGAUUACGAAAGAGGCGGACCAUCAAGGGCUGAGGAUAAGAGCUCAUCCAGACCUCAUGUAGCUCUGUUGGAUUGUUUCGAAAAGGAUUAUACUGUUGCUACUAUGAGGUCGAAGGAUCGGCCAAAGCUUCUGUUUGAUACUGUUUGUACCUUGACGGAUAUGCAGUACAUGGUGUUUCAUGGGACUGUUGACACGGGAAGGACGGAAGCUUACCAGGAAUACUAUAUCAGACACAUCAACGGGCUCCCUAUCAUCUCGGAAGCUGAGCGGCAACGCGUGACCCAGUGCCUUGAAGCAGCAAUCGAGAGGCGGGCCUCUGAGGGACUAGAGCUAGAAUUAUGCACGGAUGAUCGAGUCGGGCUUCUUUCAGACAUCACAAGGAUAUUCCGGGAGAAUGGUUUAUGCAUCACAAGAGCAGAAAUCUCAACAAAGGGUGGCAAAGCAAUAGACAACUUCUAUGUUAUGGAUGCGUCUGGUAUCCCCGUCGAUUCCAAGACCAUCGAUUCAAUCUGCAGGCAGAUUGGCCGAACGACCCUGCGAGUGAAACAGAACCCGUUCUUCUCUCCCGAACCUCCCAAAGAAACAUCAGUUGGGUUCCUCUUCGGAAGCUUUUUUAAACCCCUCUCAUUUCAGAAGUUCAGAUUGAUUCGAUCAUAUUCCUGAAAUUCUCAUAUAUUUGGAUAACAAGAAAAUUAAAAAAGAUCAAAUGUCCAGUCCAUACGAGUAGAAAUAACACAUUGUAAAUAGGUGUCAUCUCCCUUAAAUAGAGGGAUCCAUGUAAAUUCUUCAGGGUCUGGUACUUCUCAAUCUGUAAUUAGAUUGUGUAUAUAGACAGUACAUAGGUUGCAUACGAAUUGUAAAUAUUAUUAUGUUUGUAUAUAAAAGUGAUUUUUU